AUGGCGAACAUGUUGUUGUUGCUAUGUAAUAAAUACGGAAUCAAAAUAACUCAGAAGUAUUUAGAACGUGGUCACACUCAAAUGGAAUGCGAUUCUAUACACGCUGUGAUCGAGAAAACCGUUGGCAAGAAGCCCAUUUAUGUGCCACAAAACUAUGUUGACAAGAUAUGCGAGGCUAGGGUGAAACCGUUUGCUUAUAGAGUAGAAGUUGUAAAUUAUGCCUUCUUCAAAGAUUAUUCAUCUCUUGGAUAUUAUAGUUCAAUUCGUCCAGGAAUCAAGGUUGGUGAUCCCGUGGUAACAAAUUUGCGAGUACUCAAAUAUUCAGGAGCGCUGAUUCGAUAUAAGAACGGCUACUCGGAUGAUUUACAUGAUUUGCCCCGUCGAUCAAAACAGAAGGAUCCAGAUCCGUCAGAUGAACCACUAAUUCUCCACAAUUCUGCUAUUCCGAUCAAGGAAGAAAUUUGA